AUGUCAAAAAUUAGAAGGAAGGUCACAGUGGAAAAUACCAAGACCAUAUCCGAUAGCACAUCCCGAAGACCCAGUGUGUUUGAAAGGCUUGGACCCAGCACUGGAAGUACUGCAGAGACACAGUGCCGUAACUGGCUGAAGACUGGCAACUGCCUCUAUGGGAACACAUGUAGAUUCGUACAUGGCCCUUCACCACGAGGUAAAGGCUAUAGCAGCAGUUAUAGAAGGUCACCAGAAAGACCCACUGGAGAUCUUCGGGAAAGAAUGAAGAACAAACGUCAAGACGUUGAGGCAGAGCCACAGAAACGAAGUACAGAGGAAUCGUCCGCUCCUGUUAGGAAAGAGUCUUCACGAGGAAGACAUAGAGAAAAGGAGGAUAUCAAAAUUACAAAGGAGAGAACACCAGAAAGUGAAGAGGAAAAUGGGGAUUGGGAAACAAAUAGAGAAGACUCUGAUAAUGGAGAUGUUAAUUAUGAUUAUGAUCAUGAGCUGUCUUUGGAAAUGAAGCGCCAAAAGAUUCAGAGAGAACUCAUGAAGUUGGAACAGGAAAACAUGGAGAAACGAGAGGAAAUAGUCAUUAAAAAGGAGAUUUCUCCAGAGGUGGUUAGAUCUAAAUUAUCACCAUCGCCAUCACCAAGAAAGUCUAGCAAAUCUCCAAAACGAAGAUCCAGUCCCAAAUCAUCAUCUUCAGCUAGUAAGAAAGAGAAGAAAGCAUCUACUGUAUCUUCCCCACUUUUGGAUCAGCAAAGGAGUUCUAAAAGUAACCAGAGUAAAAAGAAAGGUCCUCGUACCCCUAGUCCUCCUCCUCCAGUACAAGAGGAAACUCCCCUGGGGAAAAAACACAAAGAAAAACAUAAAGCAAAAGAACGCUCAGAAGAAAAGGCAAGGGAAGUGAAAGAGAGAGGGCGUGACUUUGAAAGGCACAAGGAGAAAAAAGAAAAGCAGAGGUCUGCUUCCCCAUCAGGUCAGCAUCAUUCUCCCAUAUCCUCCAGACAUCACUCCUCUUCAUCACAGUCAGGAUCCUCUGUUCAAAGACAUUCUCCUUCCCCACACCGCAAAAGAACUCCUUCUCCAUCCUAUCAAAGGACAGCUUCCCCGCCUGCAAGGCGAUCAUCUUCUCCCUAUCCCCCACACUCUUCCUCUUCUCCUCAGAGGAAGCGAAGCCCUUCGAGACACCGAUCUCCUGGAAGAGAAAAAGGAAGACAUGAUCGUGAUCGGACCUCACAGUCUCAUGAUAGGCGCCAUGAAAGGCGGGAUGAAACUAGAGGGAAAAGGGAAAAAGAAAGAGAAACACGAGAUGAUCGUGAUUAUGACCAGGAGCAGAGUACCUCCAGGGAUCACAGAGAUGACAGAGAGUCCCGUGAUGGAAGAGAUCGGAGGGAGACAAGAGACAACAGAGAUCGGAGGGAGGCAAGGGAAUCCAGAGACACUCGAGACUCCAGAGACACGAGGGAUUAUGGCAGAGAUACCAAAGAUAGUCGUGAUCAGAGGGACUCACGCUCCACACGAGAUUCCCAUGACUACAGAGACAGAGAGAGUCGCGAUACCCAUAAAAAGGAUGACCAGUAUCAGGAGGACUCACGCAGCUAUGGAAGAUCCCAUGGCAGAGAGGAGAGCUCUCGUGCUGAAACAAGGAAUGACUCCAGGAGCGACUCCAGAAAUGAGAGCAGAAGUGAUAGAACUGGCAGAAGUCGAGGCAGAGGUCCAGAAUUAUCUGACAAGGGAAGUCGGGGGACUAGAGGAUCCCAGGUUGACAGUCACAGCAGUAGUGGAAACUACCAUGACAGCUGGGAAUCAAGGAGUAGCUACCCUGAUCGGGAUCGCUAUGACAGUCGAGAACAAGCAAGGGAUUCCUCCUUUGAAAGAAGACAUGGUGAACGGGACAGGCGUGACAACAGAGAAAGAGAUCAGAGAGCAAGCUCACCGGUACGACAUCAAGGACGAAGUGAUGACCUCGAGCGGGAUGAAAGAAGAGAAGAGCGAAGGGUAGAUCGGUCUGAUGAUAGGAGAGAUGAAAGGGCCCGGGAGAGAGAGCGAGAAAGGGAGAGGGACCGAGAGAGGGAANNNGAAAGAGAGAGAGACCGGGAAAGAGAAAGGGAGAAGGAAAGAGAGCUGGAACGAGAUCGUGCUCGGGAGCGGGAGAGGGAGAGAGAGCGGGACAAGGACAGGGACCGUGAGCGUGACCGAGACAGGGACCAUGACAGGGAAAGGGAACGAGAGAGAGAGAGGGAGAAGGAGCGAGAGAGAGAGCGGGAGGAACGAGAAAGGGAGCGAGAGCGCGAAAGAGAUCGAGAGCGGGAACGAGAAAGGGAGAGAGGUCGGGACAGGGAUAAAGAAAGAGACCGCCAGAGAGACUGGGAUGACAAAGAAAAAGGAAGGGAAGACCGCAGGGAUAAGAGAGAAGAUAUCAGAGAAGAAAGAAGUUCAAGAGAUGUCCAUGAGGAAAGAAAAUCCAAGAAGCGUCACAGAAAUGAAAGCAGUCCAAGUCCUCGUCAGUCACCCAAACGUCGCCGUGAGCACUCUCCUGAUAGUGAUGCUUACAACAGCGGAGAUGAUAAAAAUGAAAAGCACAGACUUCUGAGCCAGGUUGUGCGGCCACAGGAAUCCCGGUCACUGAGCCCCUCUCAUGUUACAGAAGAGAGGCAGAGUCGCUGGAAAGAAGAAGAGCGAAAAUCGGACAGAAAGGAAAGCUCCCGGCGUUAUGAAGAACCAGAGUUUAAAGAGAGGGUUUCUUCAGCAGAUAAGCAAAGAGAGCAACCAGAUACUUCAGAAGGCUCCCGGUCCAGGGUUCAGGAAAAUCUUGGACACCGUCCCUCUGAAGAAAGAGAUGCUUCUGAUAGAAUGCAUGAUGACAGCAAGAAGAAGUCUAAGGUACAGAAAAAGGCCACAAAGAAGAAAAAAGAUGAUGACAGUGGGGUGGAAAGGUAUGCUAAUGAAUCAACGACUGAGGAAAGCCAGGUCUUUUCACCCAAGAAAGGUCAAAAAAAGAAAAAUGUAGAGAAAAAGCGGAAGCGGUCCAAGGGUGAUUCUGAAGUUUCUGAUGAAGAAAUUGUUCCACAUCAUAAAAAGAAGAAAGGCCCAAGAACCCCGCCUGUAACAAAAGAAGAACUGGUUGAAGCACCGCCUGAGAAAGCUGUGGCAGAAGUCCCCCAAAAAAGAGAAGAUACGACAUUUAGUGACUGGUCAGAUGAAGAUGUUCCUGAACGUGGUGACAUUGUUGUUCCAGAAAGAAGCACUGAGGACUCCCAUAGAAAAAGUCACAGGACGAGGGGUGAAAAGGUGGAAGCCCCUCAUGUUACUAUAGAUGAUGGACCACACCGUAAACCUGUAGAUCAGAAGCGCAGCAGCAGCCUUGGUAGCAAUCGAAGCCAUGCCUCAAGCAGACUCAGAUCCCCUUCCAAUGAGUCAGCUCAUCGCAGUGGAGAUGACCAGACUGGACGGAAGAGGAUCCUGCACAGUAGCUCUAGAGACAGGGAUAGGGACAGGGACAGAGAGAAGAAGAGCUUAGAAAUCACUGGGGAACGGAAAUCCAGAAUUGAUCAGUUGAAACGAGGGGAACCCAGUCGCAGCACAUCUUCAGAUCGUCAAGAUUCAAGAAGCCACAGUUCAAGAAGAAGUUCUCCUGAAUCAGAUCGUCAGGUCCAUUCCAGAUCUGGGUCCUUUGAUAGCAGGGAAAGGCUUCAGGAGCGAGAUCGACAUGACCAUGAUCGAGAACGAGAGAGAGAGAGGAGAGAGGGAAGACAGAGAGACUGGGACCGAGAUGUUGACAAAGACUGGCCGAGGAGCAGGGAACGAGAGAGACUCAGAGAACGAGAGAGGGAGAGGGAGAAAAGACGGGAGCUGGAUAGAGAGAGAGACAGACAACUACCUGAUACUGCCGAAAGAGAGAGAGACAGAACUCUUGACAUCUCUCAAAAAGAAUCAACAAAACACAGUGAAACGAAGCUGGACAGAGAUCACGAAAAGGAAUUUGAUGGUGUUUGUCGGGAUUCAGUGGCUUCAGAGAAGGAAAGAACAGACAAAGAUUUAGGACCUUUACAAGGUUUUGAAGAUGGAAAUGAGGCCGAAAAGGUAGAGAGUUUGGAAGGAGGAGAAGAUGAAGCAAAGAUUGAUGAUGUACAGUCACUGGGGUCUGGUGCUGGAGAAUACGAGCCAAUCAGUGAUGAUGAACUGGAUGAAAUUCUGGCAGGUGAUGCUGAAAAGCGGGAGGAUCAACAGGAGGAUGAGAAGAUGCCUGAUCCUGUGGAUGUCAUAGAUGUUGAUUGGUCCAGUCUUAUGCCAAAGCAGCCAAAAGAACCACGGGAGCCUGGGGCUGCGCUCUUAAAAUUCACACCAGGUGCUGUUAUGUUGAGAGUUGGCAUUUCCAAGCGAUUGGCAGGACCAGAACUCUUCACCAAAAUUAAAGAGACUUGCCAGAGAGCAUUAGAAAAACCUAAAGAUGCAGAAAACCUUUUUGAACAUGAACUGGGGGCCUUGAACAUGGCUGCACUUCUCCGAAAAGAAGAGAGAGCAGGUCUUCUCAGUAAUCUGGGUCCUUGCUGUAAAGCGCUGUGCUUUCGAAGGGAUUCUGCAAUUCGUAAGCAGCUAAUGAAGAAUGAAAAGGGUGCAACAAAACAAACUUAUACAAAUUCUGCAGCAAUGGACAGCGACUUGUUACGGUUGAGUCUACGAUUAUUCAAACGAAAGACUGUGUGCCAGGUUCCUGGGCAGGAAAAGACAGAGGAUAGUAAAAUCCCACAACCGGCUAUCCAGCAAGAAGUGUGUGUGUCUUGAGUGAAUGACUGUGGUGGCACUUUCUAGUUGAUUUUCCGCUACCAGUGUUGGUAUUGAUGUUUAGAACUGGUUGGUUGGAAAGCAGUUGUAGAAGAUGGAAGAAAAUACUCCGUUUGUACACAGAUAAGAAUUAUUGGGUUUGGAUGUGAAUAAAAGGGGUAAAAAAUAAAGACUUCUGUGUGAAGUUCUCUGCAAGUUUUGUAAUAUUGAAUCUUACACUGUAACAUAAACGUGUUUUAUGGUGCAUCAAGUGUAAUAAUGUGAAAUGUCUGGUUUUAGCAGUUUAUAACACCACCUGAUAUUAAACUGAAGAAAACUG